AUGUCCACAAGAACUCCCUCUCCGCCUCAGAGCGACCCUGCUCUUAUGACCCUCCUGGACGUGCCAAAGCCACUUGUCUACACCGUUGGGGAUUGCAAGCUCACCCAAAAGUGGAAAUCGGAAUGGCUCGCCAUGGGCUCCCAGGAAGCCAGAGCUGUGGUUAUGGAUCCCAUUGCCACGUCUAGCCCCCCCGGCCCUGUCAAGGAUGUCACCCGCGAGCGGUGUGUUCCCCUGAGGAAAGUCGCGACGUACUGCCGGUAUGGCCAGGUGCGGUACGCCUUCAUCUUGACUCAGACCGAGCUGGUGGCGCUGCGGAUCAGGCGCUUGCCCCUGCCGGGCCGCGGCUACAAACAUCGAGCAGCAGUCGAGUACGCCUCGGUUCCCUGGGAGGCCAGGAGGGGUCUCACGGUCAAUCUGGCAAUCUGGGCCCUCGGUUGCAUGGGCAUGAAGGACGAGCACCGCGAAAUGGAAACGUCUGACAGCUUGAACCAGCCUAUCGACAAAAUGGCAAGGCUCACCUGGUGGAAGUUUGACCCGAAGGCCAAGAUGUACCAGAAUGUCAUCUCGAAGCGGCAGAUCCCGCUGUCCGGAUGGAAAACGGAGUACGAGAAGUUCGUCCAGCUCACCGAGCAGGACGGAAACAGUUUCACGGCUGCGUUUUGGUGA